GAGAAAGACAGAGAGAGAAAGAUGGCUGAAACCGUUCUUUCACUGGUGGUAACCAAGCUUUCAGACCUGGUUACCCACGAGGUGCAAUUGGUGCGUGGUGUGAGAGAUAAGGUGAGCUGGUUGGAAAACGAGCUCCGUUGGAUUAAAGGCUUUCUCAAGGACGCAGAUGCAAGAGGAAAGACAGAUAAAAACUUCAAGAACUGGGUGAUUGAGGUAACUGAAGUUGCUUACCAAGCUGAAGCCACCAUUGAUACUUUCCUCAUCAAGGUUCGUCAAUCGGCAAACAUCAUCAACAGAGAGAGAGAUGGGGCAUGGGCCGUCAUUUUGCCUGGCCUGCCAGAACCAGUGCGGUCAAACCCUAGUCAGCUGACACUGUAGAACAGGUUGAAAACCCAUAAUCGGACCGUAUUGUAGAGGAAUUGUAGGUGUUUAUUUGAUAUAAUCAAUAUGUAAAUGUUGAAUUUUGAUCCAAUGGACUUGGUUAUAUGAUAACUACCACGAAACCAAGACGUGGUUCAUUUUCUAA